AUGGUGGCGCCGGACGACGGUGCGGAGGAGAUGGACAUGUUGCUCUCCAUGUUCCCUGACGAGGUCUGUCGGGACCCCACGCACCCGUUGACUCUCGUUCUCAUGUUGCCCUUCCGCUUUGUCCUCCACGUCACCCUGCCGCCCCGCGGGUACCCGGAGACCUCGUACCCAUCGCUCUUUGUUGCGGCGGGACCAAACGCACCGCUCAUUACGCAUUUCUUGUCACAACUAACAAAGGCCCUCCGUGAGGAAGUGUCGCUUGGUGGACCGAUGCUGCUGCACAUUUUUACGCUUGCACAGGAAAUGGCAAGCGAACUGCAGCAAGCAGGUGAAGCGGCAUCACGUGAUGCCGAGGCGCGACGGGAUGCGAUGGAGUCGGACGCACAGUUAGCCCUUGCUGUGCGAGAGGCCUCGUCGGUGGAGGUAUGGACCAGCCAUGCUAUUACCGAUCGCAAGUCGAAGUUUGUGGCGCACAUGGCGCGCGUCGACUCCGAGGAGGCUGUGCGAGCGGUGGUGAUGCAUCUUCGCUUCCAGAAGCACAUUGCGGAGGCGACGCAUCCCACCAUAUACGCCUACCGCUUCACCGACAGUGCCGGUAUGUUACAUCAGGGUAGCGACGACGAUGGCGAGACGGGGGCGGCGGCACGUAUUUUGUUUCUUUUGGAGCAGUUAAAGGUGGACGGCUACGUGGUGGUCGUGACGCGUUGGUUUGGCGGCAUUCUUCUUGGCCCGGAUCGGUUUAAGCAUGUCAUGGAGGUGGCACGGAGUGUUAUAUUGACGAUCCCGCGGCGGGAGCAGGAGGCGAGCAGCCUCGGCGGUAAACGCAGGCGAUGA